AUGAUCUGGCAAGUACUGCUGGUCCUUCCACUCACACUGGCUGGCACCCUGGCUGGGCUCCUGACCGCCCAAGAGGUGCAGCAGCCUCCCCAGUAUGUGAUUGCCCCAGAGGUCUCCAUCAACAUCACCCGCUUUACCAGUGGAGCCCUGUAUGGAAUCUACCUGAUGCACAGCUGGCCACAGAAUUCUCAAGUGACCUAUUAUGAGACCGUGGACAAGCACUUCAGAGACCGCAUCAACUUCUCACUGUCCCAGGAGACUCUGACCAUCACCAUGAGCCUCCUGCGGCUGACUGACUCCGGUGCUUACACCUGCUGGGCCUCUAUGGGAAUGGUUGAUGCCUGGGGUUCCACCACCGUGGUUGUGGUGACAGAAAAACUGCCCAAAGGAGCAUACAGAUGCCAGAAACCUCUGCUGACAUCAGUCACUCUUCUGGAUACCCUUGCUGUAGGCUUCUUCCUCACUGGGUUGGACCUGGGGGUGCUAUGCAUGCUGAGAAAGACUCAGAUCAAGAAACUGUGUGCCUCAAGGGAGAAGAACCUGCCCUGUGUGGUAUAUGAGGACAUGUCCUGCAGCUGCCUGAAUGCUUCAUCAGUCUCUAACCAGUACCAUGAGCUCCUCUGCCCACCAUGCUCUUGCCGUGCCUAGGCCGAGCUGAUAGAGGUCCCAAUGAUCCACCCCACCCAGCUCCACUGGCAUCCUGCACAGGCCCCUGGAGCAGCCCUUCGGUGCUUCUGAGUACACAUGGCUUCUCCUUCAGCCAGGCCCUAAUCACACUGCCAUCAGGAACAAAGCCUGGCUGUCCCUUGGCCUUCCUUUUCCUUCCCUGC